CCAGCCAAAGUGAGCACGAGCUUUCUGGAAAUGGCCUCCGGAACUAUCUGAAUAAUUUUUUGUGUCUUUUUUCGGUUAGUUCAAUUUCAGCAGUCAAACCGGUAAAUGGUUUUUCCUUUUCCGCUAAAUUACUUGCUCGGAAGACAGAGGUUGAGGGGAAGAACUCGACCAAAAAAGAGGUUCGACAACUUAUCACAUCAUGAUGGUUCGGGUACGGAACAGUUGCCACAGUGUUUGGUCCGAAAGUGUUUUAAACCAUUUUGUACUUGCCAGAAUUUAAUUACCAACUGCACAAAAAAAAAAAACAACGACCGUUCUGGAGCAGAUGAAACCGCUGAAAACUGUAUGCAUAAACCUUAUCCGGGCUGUGUGUGCCGCAUGUCUUGGAGUUUGGGGAGAUAAGAAGGUUCAUUUGUGCUAUCUUUUCUGCAUUCCUUGAUGCGAAAAAGGAUUGCUCCGCUGGGUGGCCUUAUGCUGCGCACGUAUUUAAUUAGUUCGAUUAAGCCAACUCCGCUGUUCGCACGUAGACAUUCACACCGCGUCGUAGCGAAGGAAAUUGCUGUCGGACGUAAUUAUAUCAAAGAAAAGAUACUCCAUCGACAAAGAGGAGGAAUGGGACGGUUUUCCAAUUGGUGUUGUUUUCGCGUAAGAAGUGGUACUGUAGUCGUAAAUAAUCUACCGACGCUCCGUGUACCGUGGACGAUCAAAGAGUUCUCGGGUGUGGAGAUGCGGAAAUGGACCGAAUCGACUGGUCAAUGGCUGGCCGGGAAGGUUGAAACGGUUGUGCUUCACUGCUUCCGAGCGAGUAAGAUAAUUGGGUAUCGCUAUGGUUCCAUUCCCCAUGGUCAAGAGGCGGUAAAUUGAAGAUUAUUGUACUGUAUCUCUCACCACACUCUUUUGUUUCAUUGUAGCAUUGUGCUGUGCGGUUUGCGACCGGAAUGACGAAACCGUGUCCUCUAUUCGUGGGAAGACGUGAACAUGCACGGUUCAAGCAAAAUUCCUUGUAUUCUGAGGAUCUGCGUGCCUCCGGCAUUCUCUAGUGACCAGCCGCACAGUAACAGAGCAUCCCACGAAGAAGGAAGUUUGUCUGUGACUGGUCCGAAAUAAGCUCAUUUCUUCUGCUGCAAAAGUAUGCUACCGUGAUUAACUUCAAGCAGUUGAAAAUUUUCACUUCUUAGAAUGGGACCAGAGAGAGAGAGAGAGAGAGAGAGAGAGAGAAAGAAAGAGAGAGAGAGAGAGAGAGAGAGAGAGAGAGAGAGAAAGAGAGCACGCCGUGCAGCGGUGUCUACCUUUCCAUCCCAGGCAGCUUUCAAGCCCCGGCUUCACCGCGAUGAACGAUUUAUCCUAAAACAACCAGCGCCCAAUCGUGGCCUCCCCAAAAAGGCCCAGAGUCUCGCGAUGUCAUAGAAGCGAAAAAUUCUUCGUACCACCCGUCCGCCGUUCGCUCAUGUACCUUCGCGGUAGUUCGGUACAGCCCGUACAAAACCCGAAACCUUGCCAUCGGGGGUUAAACACAGAGAGGGCUCCCCAAAGAAACAGAAAUAGCAAAAAGCCUCCGAAAUGCU